AUGGCUCGCGAACGGGCCUGCGAUGCGUGCGCAGCUCGAAAAGUGAAGUGUGAUCGCGGGCUGCCGUGCAGACGCUGCCAAAGCCUGUCGAUCCAAUGUGUGGCCGAGAGAAAGCGGCUGAAGGCCGGGCCCAAGGGGCCAUGGGCUCAGAGGAAACGAGAGGCGCUGUUGAAUAAACGAAUGGCGAUGGAGAAGGCGAUGAUCAACAGAAAGUCUCCAAUUCCGAUAUCUGAUGGCAACGCGACUUAUCAACAACCGUCGACUCAGCCUCAUAUUUACCCUAGCUUGAACCGCAUUCCAUUCGCGGUAUUUGACCAUUAUCUCGGCCUUUAUCAGCAAGCUCUAUAUCCCGUUUGGCCAGUCGUGAAUAUAGAGAAGUUGCUGUAUCGACUACAAGACUCUACUGAUAUCGAAGCAUAUGCCCUUGCCGCAGCAGUCAGUGCAGUCACAAUUGCACAGCUCAAACUUUCGUCUGAUGAGACCUUUGGUCGCUUUGAGGGUGACGAUGGCGCGUUCAUGGCUGCUGAAGCUUUCAGAGCGAGGAACGAAAUGGAUCAUCUAGAGCAUCCAUCUCUAAGUGUCUUGCUGUCAUCGUUCUUUUUGCAUGUGUCGAGUGCAAACCGCGGCUAUAUCCGAAAAGGGGCGAUGCUGUUACGUGAAGCCGUCACAUUUGCGCAGAUGCUGGGCCUGGAUAAAGCGAUGCAUUAUUCUGGACUGCCUAAACUUGAAGCUCAACUUCAUCUUCGGGUUAUAUGGUUACUAUUUGUGACGGAGAGAGGACAUACUACCCGGUUCGAUUUCCCUAGGAUAUUACAACUUGACCCCGAGUUACCUGAGCUAGAAGUAGAUGAAAACCCUCCAAUCUUAUUCGCCUUCAUUAGCCUAAGCAAACUUUUCCAGAGCUUUGCUCGUGCGAUGGAUGGCGACGGGACUUGCCAGACGCAGGAAUAUUUCGCAUCUAUGCAUGACCGCUUGCGAGAGGUCAGCCAGGCUUCUCACAAUUCCACCGACUUACAGAGGGCAGACUUCCUCCUGACACAGCAGUGGAUGAGAGUCGUUUUAUGGAAAACGUCCAUGUACUACAUCAACCUUUCAUCCGACGCGACAGAUGAAGGCCUUAGUAUUUGCUUUCCGAAUCGGGUCGCACGAAAUGUAGCCCGAAAUAUAGACCUGUUCCCCCGGUCUGUCAUCGAGGCACAUGGUCUUGGAAUGGAAAUGAAGCUGUUCGAGGUGGCAAUGUCUCUAGCCGAUAUUUUACUGUGUCUGCCAUCGAACUUUGAGGGCAAGCAGUUGAUGAAUGUUGGCCCGAAAGAUGUUCUAAACCGCCUUGCUCAGUUCCUCACUCAUUUUCGCGGUGGCGGCGACAACAACAUUAAGCUCCAAAUCUUGCAUGAUAAGAUG